AUGGGCGAUCGUAACGAAACAACGCCAGACGAGGCUAAUGCGAACAAGGCAAAUUUCACAACUUGUGCAAAGUGUGGUUUGCUAAUUGUAGGACAAUUUGUAAGAGCAUUGGGCGGCACUUACCAUUUAGAAUGUUUUAAAUGCCAGGACUGCGGGGCCAUCGUAGCGUCGAAAUUUUUCCCGAUAGAAGGUGCAGAUGGAAAGCAACAGCCUCUAUGUGAACGAGACUACUUUCGACGUCUUAGCCUCAUAUGCGAGAAUUGUGGUGGUGCUCUAAGGGGAUCUUAUAUUACAGCUCUUGAUAAAAAAUAUCACAUUGAACACUUUACUUGUUCUGCAUGUCCAACAGUAUUUGGACCCCAGGAUUCAUACUAUGAACAUGAUGGAAAAGUAUAUUGUCACUAUCAUUACUCCACGCGAUUCGCGGUCAAAUGCGCGGGGUGCCAAACAGCAAUUUUGAAGCAAUUUGUGGAGAUUAACCGAAAUAACAUUGACGAACAUUGGCACCCUGAAUGUUAUAUGAUACAUAAGUUUUGGAACGUGAGGCUUUCAACACGUACAGACGAUGAUCAGGAUGCCGAAAUUGACGAACCUUGCACUGUCGUCGAUACAAAAAUAUCACCAGAAGAACUCAAGCAACAGCAAAAGGAAAUGGAGGAUAAAGUCUACAAUAUAUGGACAGUACUUUCGGCCUUCGAAGAAAUGUCAGCUAACUGUAUCUCCGAUAUGCUGCUUCAUGUGUCAAAUGGUUUAUACUCUGAAGGCAUGAAAAUGUCGGAAAGAUUUGUUAAUCACGUGGAAGUUUUAUUUUUUGCAAUUGAUGACUUGGAAGUUAGAUUAGUGCGUGCAAGUGGUCUCCAGUACCACAGGGAAGCCAAAAUGCUUUGCAAGAAAAUAGAUAAUUUCUUUUCCUUGUUGUCAGAUGCUCAUAAAAGCGGAAUUGUAAAAUUAGGAAUCUCGCAGGAUCUUCUAGCAUUAGUGACAGGAUUGGCGCAAUUUUUGAAAGUUCUAAUAAGAAUAGCGCUGACCGGUGCCUUGAAAUUGGAACGUGAUUUUAAUGAUAAGACUGCAGUUUCGCAUUUUCUAAACAAACUGGGAGAAUUCACAAAAAAAAAAGGUACACAGAGUCAGGAAGAAAACAUAGAUAAUGAGAUUUCAUCUGAUCUAUGUCAUGCAUGUCGAAUCGCCGUUGAAGAAGAAUGCUAUAAAUACGGACCUCACCGUUGGCACAUUGGUUGUUUAAGGUGCUCUGGCUGCUCACGAGAAUUGCGUACCAUCUAUCGUGAGGCUACCUUUAAUCAGGUAACGGAGAUGGCGUACUGCCCGAAUGAUACGAAUGAACAAGCCGCACCCGGAUUUAAGCAUGUUACUCAAUUGGAGCAAUACGUUUAUUUAUUGCGAGUUGUCUUGAUGAAUCUUAAUAAUCAGCUUAGACAAGAUGAAAAUGACAGUUAUUCCGAUAACGAAGGUCUUCGUGGACGUAAAACCGAAAAAGAAGGAACCGGGCUUGUACGCAAGGAUUCACGUUCAAAGUCUUACUCAAGUGGGGAUAAGGCAUAUGAUACAUCCCUUAGUACGGACAUAAAACGUAUGAAGUCCGUACACUUGGAUCGCAAGCUAACCAAUUCAUCGAGCGCGAGGCUUGCUAUACGGUCCAGAAUAAUAGAACAAGAGCAGCUCCCCAGUAUGCUUCAAGAUUUGAAUGAAUCAGAAAGGGAAAAAUUGGCAAAUGAUCCAUCUCAACGUCAAGUCAGAAUUGUAUAUGAUAAAAUGCCGGAAACACAUGUUCAGGAUAUGCAAAAGAAGUUUAAUGCGAAAGAUGAGGCAAUAAUGUUGGGUGAUAUAUCGACCAUCGUGGCCGCCGAAAUGGCAGCAUCCGGAAAUGUAGCAACCGAAACAAAGAGGAGACUGCGAGGGCCUACACAGGUUAGGUUAUACUUGUCAGAAUUAUCAGGUCUGGAAUAUUUUAUUGUGAAGCACGCGGCCGUUCUGAUUAUGGAGCCGUUGUUGAAAGAUUACUUUACACUGGAAGAGCUAUUGGAACUGAUCGGUUCCAAGAAGGCUACUUUAUGGAACAAAUUUAUGCUAUCAAUUAAACCAGCGGAGAAAAAACCCGUCAAGAAGAAAGGUACAUUUGGGAUACCCUUGGAAACACUUGUUGAUAAAUGUGGAGUUGAUUCGGUAUUGGGUGCGGGUCCUGUACGUAUAAGGAUACCAAGCUUUGUGGAUGACAGCAUUUCUUCCAUGAAAACAAUGGAUAUGUCGGUCGAGGGUAUCUUUCGAAAGAAUGGAAAUAUCCGGCGCUUAAAGGACCUUAGUGAAACGAUCGACAAGAACCCAUCAUCGGUGAACCUAUCCGAGGAUAAUCCAGUACAGGUGGCAGCGUUAAUGAAAAAAUUCCUACGUGACCUACCGGAUCCGCUACUCACCUUCAAGUUGCAGAGGCUCUUUGUAAUAUCUCAAAAGCUUGAGAAGGAAGCCGAUCGAAAAAAAAUACUGCAUCUCACGUGUUGUCUUUUACCCAGGGUUAAUCGUGAUACCAUGGAAGUACUUUUCAUAUUUUUCAAGUGGGUCGCAUCUUUCUCUCACGUGGAUGAGGAAACGGGCAGCAAAAUGGAUCUUCAUAACCUUGCUACCGUAAUCACACCAAAUAUAUUAUAUUCAAAGUCGAAGGAUCCGAUAAAGGAUGAUUCUUUCCUUGCCAUCGAGGCUGUUCACAGUUUAUUGAAGUACCAGGAUGAAUUCUGGCUGGUUCCCGAAGAGAUCUUGUCGAUACUAGAUGAUCAAUAUUUAUUUAGCAGCCCCGAAAAUCUGACAACCAAAGACAUAUUAAAGCGAUGCGAGAACUUGGUCAAAAAGAAGACAGCGGAUGAUGAUAACAGUGACAAUGACAAGUACAGUUCUAAUGAUGGAGAAAAGUCUAUUAGGAAACUCAUAUAUCAUGCAGAUGAGGGUAAAAAUAAAAGUUCCUCAAAACUAAAUGGGAGCUCGUCAUCUUUAACAGUUGAGACGCAGCCUGUUCCAGUUGAACGUGCCGACGAUGCAGCUGCCGCCGCCGAACUAAAAAAGAAGAGAACUUUCAAAAAAUUUUCCUAUCGAGGAGUUGACCUUGAUCAACUUCUAGAUUUAACUUCAGAACAGUUGACUGAUCUUGUUCACGCCAGAGCUCGAAGAAGAUUUAAUCGUGGUCUAAAACGUAAACCCAUGGGUUUAAUUAAGAAAUUACGCAAAGCCAAAAAGGAAGCACCGGCGAACGAAAAACCUGCGGUGGUCAAGACCCAUCUGCGUGACAUGAUCAUCGUUCCCGAGAUGAUUGGCUCAAUUAUUGGUGUUUACAACGGUAAAACUUUCAAUCAAGUGGAGGUUAAGCCUGAAAUGAUCGGUCAUUAUCUCGCUGAAUUUUCAAUUUCGUAUAAGCCGGUUAAGCAUGGUCGUCCUGGUAUUGGUGCUACACACUCCUCGAGAUUUAUUCCAUUGAAAUGA